UGCGUUGAGUGUCCAGCAGGUGGUGCCCUGUGUCAGCGCAGGCAGAGACGGAAGAAGCUCGGUGAAGCCUCCUCUUCCCCUCGAUUCUCCCGGGGUGGGGAGGGAGUCUGUCCUGCUCCAUUGAUCGGGGGCUGUCAGGCUGGACUCGGGGCACUGCAGCAGGGCAGGGCCUGCUCCGGGCCGCACCCUUCCGCCACCGUUCGUGCUGCGAUCCGCUGCCACAGCGGACACCGGUCACCCUCGCUUACUUCGCCUCCGCUGGCCCCUAAAACAGCCAUAUUUGCAUGCAACCCUGACCCACCAGCAAGGCGUUGUUGGAAAACCAAGAUGAUGGGUAAAUCAAGCCAUUGUAGUUACGUGCUGCAACAACUCUACAACCAGAGAGAAUGGGGAUUUCUCUGUGACUGUUCCAUCUCGAUCAACGACAUCUACUUCCAAGCUCACAAGGCGGUCCUCGCCGCCUGCAGCUCCUAUUUCAAAAUGAUGUUCAUCAAUCAUCAGCACAGCAUGGCGCAGAUCAACCUCACCAAUACCAAGAUCAGCGCGGAAUGUUUUGACCUCAUAUUGCAGUUCAUGUACCUGGGUAAGAUUAUGACCGCGCCGGAAAACUUCGAACAGCUAAAGGAUGCCAUGACUUACCUGCAGCUGUAUGUUAUCCCGGACUGCUUGGAAGAGAUCCAGGAUAUCGAUUCCUCCAUUAAAUGUUCCUCCUCUGCAUCGAGUAGCCUAAGUAGUAAAAUGGUCUUCGGAGUGCGUAUGUAUGAAGAAUCCACGGGGAAGACUGGAGAGGAGCCAGGCAAAUUUUCUUCAGAGCCCGUCUUAUCUGUGCAAAAUGUGUCUGAGAAACAGGCUGAGAACAGUUUGCCGCAUCACAGCCGGCAACAGCCUAGGAGUUUGUGCAAGAAGACACCUCCGCCAAAAGUUCAUAACACCAGAGAACGCGGAGCCAGGCGCUUCGGACGCAGUUAUACUUGCGAGGGUUGUGGAUUUGUGUUCAGUUGUGAAAAGCUGCUGGAUGAGCACUCUCAAACCUGUACCAACAGGCUGUUUUUCCACGGCAGGGAACAGAUGAACAACGAGCAGAGCCAGAGUGGAAGCGAAUCACCCUUGUCGAAGUUUUCUCCUUCACAAGACAACGUGAACAAAGUGGACUCCAGUCAAACGAUGGAAGAGGCUGCGGAAAGUACAAAAGACUCCGAAGCCGCGGUGGACCAGAUGAAGGGCGAUACCAUAGACACUACGGUGAAGAACCCAGUUAUUAUAAAAAUUGAAUCUGAUGAGAACUCCCUCGCGGAAAUGGAUGACAUCAACAUCGUUAAGAUCUCAGACAAAGAUUAUUUGGAAUCUUCCGACAUUGACGAUUUGGAGGACGAUGCAGAUGAAGGCGCUUACUACAUCGGUAUACCGUGUAACCAAAGAACGAACGAUAACUUAGCUAUGAACUCACAGCAGAUGUUUGCGAGUUAUAGAAAAGAUAUGGGGUGCGCGAAUCGGAAAAGAAGUAAUGCCGCUCAGCGCAAGUCAGAGAUAUCAUGUGAACUUUGCGGCUUGACUCUUAACGAGCAGGACCUCUCGGCUCAUUACCUAGCCAAACAUAUAGAAAAUAUAUGUGCGUGCGGUAAGUGCGGGCAAAUUCUGGUAAAAGGUAGACAGUUGCAAGAGCACGCUCAGAGAUGUGGGGAACCUCAAGAGUCUUUUGAGAACCACGAGAGGAGCAUGGAUGAGAGAGUUGAUUUCGGAGAUGGCAUGGAAGAGUCCUCUGCAGUGGGAGAGGUAUUGGUAGAUAUGUGGGAUGACAUAAAUGAGGGUGCGGUUACUGUACCAAAGCAGGUUUAUAAACAUUCCUCCUGCCCUUACCGUUGUCCCAAUUGUGGCCAACGUUUCGAGUCUGAAAGCCAGGUGAUGGAACACAUGUCCCAAUGUAUGGAACGUGACGUCUACAGGAAUUCUGCUUCCGAUGACAUAGAUCGGGACCACCGGAGAAAACACUUCUGUGACAUCUGCGGCAAAGGCUUCUACCAACGUUGCCACUUACGGGAACAUUAUACCGUACACACCAAGGAGAAGCAGUUUUCAUGCCAAACCUGCGGGAAGCAGUUUUUAAGGGAGCGGCAGCUAAGGCUGCACAAUGACAUGCACACAGGCAUGGCUAGAUACAUUUGCUCACUUUGCGACCAGGGGAAUUUCCGGAAACACGACCACGUACGCCACAUGAUAUCCCAUUUAGCAGCGGGGGAAACUAUAUGUCAGGUGUGCUUCCAGAUUUUCCCAAGUAACGACCAGCUAGAGCAGCACAUGGACACCCACCUCUAUACUUGCGGAGUUUGCGGGGCAAAAUUUAACUUGAGAAAAGACAUGAGGGCACAUUAUAACUCUAAGCACUUCAAGAAAGCUUAGGGACCUCCAUGUGAAUAGAGUUUCUUAUAGUGUAUACCAAAGCUUUAAUUGUUAACAUAGGACUUAUAUAAACAUAGAUUUAACCCAGGAAGCCUGCACAUCUCUUUGACUUAAAUAUAGAUGAACUGUUUUUAUUGAUGGGGAAGGUUUCUAAGCAUCCUUGCAAAGUACAGGCAACAUCCAUCUGACAAUUGAACUCCAGACAUGUACUUUUCUUUUGUAUAUUAUUAUUAUUUUACUUUUCACUAUAUUUCAAUGCUGACUGGUAGAGAGUACAUCAGGGUACAUUUUAUAUGUUGCAUAGCUACGAAUGAAUGUAAUACAGAACUCCUGCCCCUUACAUACUGUUACUUAGCAUGAAUCCUUGUUACAUUUUGGAAUUUCGAAUGGGUGUGAUGAAUUUCUGCUGCAUUAUCCGGAGUACCAUUGCUGUAAAACAUAGUCUAUUUAUAUUGGUUUAUUACAAAUAGUAAUCAUAAAGUAGAUCAAACAGUG